AUACUGAUGGUGGUUUUUGUGACCAGGCCUUUGCUCCUGGUGGCGGGAAAGAGGGAGCGAGGAGCGCUGGGGCAGCGGCGGGAGCGAGCCCGGCCGGGGGCGAGAAGGAGCAGGCGCGGGCCCCACGGCUCGGGGCGGGCCCGGGGCGGCGCUUGGGCCGCGGGCGUCAUGGCGGCGGAGCGGGAGCGGGGCUUCUACCGGCAGCUGCCCAAAGUGGAACUUCAUGCUCAUUUGAAUGGCUCUAUCAGUUCUGCCACUAUGAAGAAGCUGAUGGCCCAGAAGCCAUACCUUCAGAUCCAGAAUGGGAUGACUAUGAUUGACAAAGGAAAGAAAAGAACCUUAGAUGAAUGUUUUCAGAUGUUUCAGAUUAUCUAUCAGAUUACCACUAGUACUGAAGAUAUUUUACUGAUAACUAAAGAUGUUAUUAAAGAAUUUGCUGAUGAUGGUGUCAAGUAUCUGGAAUUGAGGAGCACUCCUAGAGAAGAAAAGUCCACAGGUAUGACCAAAAGGGCGUAUGUUGAAACUGUACUUGAGGGUAUAAAGCAGUGUAAAGAAGAAGGCUUGGAUAUAGAUGUAAGAUUAUUAAUAGCAAUAAACAGAAGAGGUGGCCCAGCUGUUGCUAAGCAGACUGUGAAACUUGCUGAAGAGUUCCUUCUUUCCACUGAUGGGGUUGUAGUAGGAAUUGACCUGAGUGGUGAUCCCACUGCAGGACAAGGUCAAGAUUUUUUGGAACCACUCUCAGAGGCAAAAAAAGCAGGUCUAAAGCUGGCAUUGCAUCUAUCAGAGAUUCCAAAUCAGGAGGAGGAGACCAGAGUUCUCCUGGGCCUGCCCCCUGACAGAAUUGGACAUGGAACAUUUCUCAACUCUGCAACAACAGGUUCAGAAGAGCUGGUGCCACUUGUUCGACAGAAUCGUAUACCUAUUGAACUUUGCAUGACAUCAAAUAUCAAAACCCAGACAGUGCCUUCCUGUGACAAACACCAUUUUGGAUACUGGUACAACAUGGGCCACCCUGCAGUCCUUUGUACUGAUGAUAAAGGAGUCUUUGCAACAGAUCUAUCACAAGAAUAUGAGCUGGUGGCAAGAACAUUUAACCUGACUCGAUCACAGAUGUGGGAUCUUUCCUAUGAAUCAAUCAACUAUAUCUUUGCUUCAAGUGUAGUCAAAUCAAAGCUAAGGGAACAGUGGUGUAAGCUGAAGCCAACUCUGUUUGCUUAACAGCUUGGGUGCAUUAGCUUAGUAAGGCUUUUUUUACUGAAGUCCCUGGCUUUUUUCAGAAUUUUGGUGUGUUAGACCAGCCCAUAAACUGUGCCUAUGAAAAAUGAAGACAACAGAUAUGCAUUCUUUGUUAGCUGGGACAGGAGUAAAUGUGGUUCUAUAGUUGGGCAGGGCUCUCAACCAGUGACUAAACUGCCACAUGUGUUGUCAUGUAGUUUCUCUCCAGUGGGUAAGACACUUUUAAAAAGUAGUUGAAAUAUGUCAUCAUACUUCAAACAUUUGAGAGUCAGAAAAAAAUAAAGGCAGAGCUGUUAGGAUUUAAAAUGUCUUGACUGGCAACAUUAUGCCAAGCAGUUUAUAUGUAUGCUGUGUGUAUAUUUCUGGUUUUGUAUUAUUUUUAAACAGAAGUUUUGAGCAAUUGGUUGAAUAUGUGGACAGGAACAAACUCAGGGAGAAUUAAAUAUUUGUCCCAAAUGAAUUAAAUAUUGCAUUUUUUAUUGGCAUAUAUGUAUGACUGAAGCCUGUUGUGGAUUGUGUAGGAUAUGUGGUAUUUUAUGCCUAGAAUGUAUUUACAUUGAUGAAUUAAACAAGCAAGCAUUUUGGGCUGUACAAGGAAUACUGAAUAUAAAUGCAAAGAUACAAAAGCUG